CAUGGAUUUUUUCCUGACUAAGAUGGAUCAACUCUUGGACAAUCACAGAAGCAUUGAUCAGCAUGUGAAUGACCUUAAAAGGAAAAUAAAGGAACUGAAUGGUUUGAAGGAUGAUGCAGAAUCUAAAAUGAGUGCAGAGCUGCGGCCAGCAAAGAAACUCAAGACUGAAGUCCAGAUAUGGCUAGAAAAUGUAGAAAUAAUCAAUGGUGAAGUAGAAAACCUUGAUGGAAGAAUUGGUGAAAGCAGUGCUCUUACACGUGGAUUUCGAGCAGAUGUGUUAAAGAGGAUCAGGGAAGUAGAAGAACUUAUUCAACAAGCUAAAUUUCGUGAAAGUCUAGUGGUUGAAGAUUCUCAACGGAUAGGACAAGUUUUACUCACAACAACUUUAUUUGGUGAAACCGUGAAGGCAUGUGUGGAAGAGAUUUGGCAGUACUUGAUGGAUGAUGAAGUUCAAAAGAUUGGAGUUUGGGGAAUGGGAGGAGUUGGUAAAACGAGCGUAAUGAAGCUUAUAAACAAUCAACUCUUAAAAGAGAUGAAGAAGUUUGAUACUGUGAUUUGGAUUACUGUGUCCAAGGAGAUGAGUAUUGCUAAAUUGCAAAAUGACAAUGCAAAUAAAAUUGGAGUAACUUUUUGUGGUGAUGAAGAUGUAAUGACAAGGGCAGGGGUGUUGUUUGAAACACUGUCUCAAAAGAGAAGGUUUGUGAUAAUCUUUGAUGACCUAUGGGAGAAAAUUUCCCUUGAGAUCAUAGGAAUUCCAGAGCAGUCUGCAGGGAGUAAACUAGUGUUGACAACUCGGUCAUUCGAUUUGUGUCAACAAAUGGGGUUUAAAGAAAUUAAAAUAAAUCACGGUGGCUUCUUGUAUGAAAGGAAUUCAUGACCUCUCUGAAUGGAGGAAUGCACUAA